CCCGAUGAAGCCGCCCGAGCUGCCUGCGCAUGCGAAGGACGACGAUGAGGUGCGGAAGCAAAAUGCGGGCGGUGCUGUUUGGCGCCUGGGCGGAGAGGGCGAGCGCAUUGCAAAGGUGAUGGUAUGGGUGUUGUGGUGAGAGGGUGCGCGCAGGGACGUGGUUAGACGUCGAGAGGGUGGGUGCGUGUGAACAAGGCGUAGGGUCGUUUGCCUCGCAAACGCAUGCCCUCCACCGCUGUAUUCCACGUAUUUAUACUAAAGUACAAUGUAACUAGAAAAUUCGCCUUAUUAAGCAAUCUUACUAAGCGCCUUAGUCAGCUCCUUCGAGGGCUGGCGAGUCGCUUCCAGCAGCUCCCUCAACAAUGGGAGACGGGCAGCGGGAGGAUCGAUGGACUACAGUUCCAGUCGGAGACCAGGAAGGUGAGUUUGAGGUGGGGCAAAUGUGGGGGCAAGUCGACGGGGGAAAUUGCAGCGGAUGAUAGGGUGAAGAGUGUUUGCUUUGUGUUGGGAAUGAGCAGGGGACCUUAUCAUGCCCGUGACCCUGUUCCCUUGGGUGUGCGAGCUCUUGUAGAGGAGUCUUAGGUCUCGAUGUACACGAUGUCUUGUCAUUCAGUUGA